AAGAGCGAUUAGGAGAGGAACCAUUCAAAAUGCUUAGUAAUCCCUAUUUUAAGUCGGUUUUGUGGCUGAUUGGCUUCGGUGGCAUGGGCUAUGGGUUGAUGGUGCUAACCGAGCCGAAUGCCGAGAAAAUAGACCGCAUCAAAGCCUCUGUUUCGAGUUCAAAACUCAGCGCCGAUGAUCAGCGAAAGGCCCUGUUUAUGAAGAAGUUGCAAGAGGCGGCCACCACCAGUACUCCAGUCUACAGGCCAUCGACUGAGAAAAAGGAUAGUUAAGAAGCUUUACCAUGUACAAUUAACCAAUUUGUUAUAUUUUUAAAUACAAAUGUUAAGCAUUUAAUACGUUUAA